GAAACCGCUUCAACCGCGCAUAUUCGAAUACCACCGAAAACAUUAAUAUCCCCACGAAUUUAUAGGGUUUUCUCCCUUCCCACAUCUUCCCUAGCUUCUCUCUUUGAUUUUUCGAAUUUAUAGGAUUAUCUGUUGCCUCCCCCGCCGCCGUCGAAGGACGCUCCGAUCGGCUGAAUCGACGACACCACGUUCUCCGCCUACGCCGGGAGCAAGAGGUUCGAUCAGUUGCCUAUUCCUCAGAGGACGAAAGACGGGCUGAACGAAGCUCUGCGGCUGAGAUAUCCUCGGCGCGGCGAAAACAUGGUCGGGGAAGAAAGAACCAGGCGUGAAAAGAAGAAAAAUCAGGAGAGAGAAAAUGUGUCAGUAAAAAUAUUAUAAAAAGGGUUUCCCCGUGAACAGUUGCUCGGGGUAUUUACCGAAGUGUUGUAGCAAAAGGGAUUUUACCUAAUAGUUUACCGAACUGGUGCAAGGCAGUUUUAGGUCAAUUUGGUAGGUAAAAUACCUAAAAGAGGCAUUUGGAGAGUCUUGUGUACAUGCUGUAAGGGUUCGUUUCUUCGGACUUGAUGGAUUUUCCGGAUUCUUACCUGAAUGCUCUCAAAAGCACUGCCAAUAUAUCCGGUCGACGACGGCCGCCGUACUUCCCCCCUCCUCCUCAUUCCCCGCCUCCUCCUCAUUCACCAGAUAUCAGUUCUCUUCCCGAAUCACAGGUGCCAGACAUCCCACCGGAUCUCCUAAAAGAAAUCCUCUCCCGUCUACCCAUCAGAUCUCUGCUCGGGUUUCGAUGCGUUUGCAAACCAUGGCUUAAGUUGAUCUCCGAUCCCCAGUUCAGUAUUUUGUUUCAAAAGGGGAAAAUCGCCAUCAGAGGUGGUAAGGGCUUGUUAUAUGAUUUACACUUAGACUCCGAAUCCGAUAGAGUUUCGAUGGUAGGGCUUCACUAUCCGAGGAGGAAGAAAGACAUAGGUGGCACGGAGGAGGUAGAGAUGUCACAGUUUGAAAUCUUAGGUUCGUGUAAGGGUUUGUUACUUAUUAAACAUGACAUUGAUUUCUACUUGUGGAACCCUUUAACCAGGCAAUGCACGAAAGUGCUUUCGUAUCCGCGGAGUGAUGAGAUAUUUGAGUACGAUAGGGUUUUGACUGGCUCUGGGCUAUGUUAUGACUCGGUGACCGAUGAGUACAAGGCAGUAAUGGCCUACAGGUAUCCUUACAGGGGUGGUUACCGUCUCAACGGUGACAGGGGAAUAGCCGUCGCUGCUUGUUUGAAAAGCAGACGUUGGACCAAUGUCUAUUUCCCUUACAAAUUGAAGUCGGGUGACUCGGGUCCAAUUGUAAACGAGCGACUGCACUGGGUGGUCAAGCGAGAUGAAGAUGGUAUGCGAUCUUCGACCCAACUAAUUGUUUGUUUUGAUCCGUUAGUAGACGAGUUUGUAGAGUUUUCAACCCCACUGCCUUAUUAUGGGGAAAGAAAUGUUAUAUUAGGUUUGGGGAUUUUAUAUGGAUGCCUUUGUGUGGCGCGCUACUGCUGUUGUGAAAGCAGUUAUGGGCCGGACGAUGAUCCAAACCCAGAUAUCGAGGUAUUAAUCAUGAAAGAAUACGGCGUGGAGGAAUCUUGGACUAGUUUGUUUGUCAUGUCUCAUUUUGUAGGAUUGUACAAAUUUUAUAGUUAUAAACCUCAUAGAUAUGGAUGUCUGGUGCCAUUGGGCUUGACAAAGAGUGGAAAAGUCCUUAUGGCAGUGAAUGGAAAAGAUAUAGUUCUGUACAAUCCAUUAGAGGAUUCGCAAAAACAUAUUACCAGUGCUUAUCAAAAAAAUAUACAUAUUACUAGUCCAACAAAUGUAUUUGCUUAUGAGGAGAGUUUAAUUUCACCUGAUUCAUAUGGUUGGGGAUUUGGUUGGAGACUAGAAUGGGCGGAUGCCUGGAAUUCGGGCUACAAAGAUAGUGAUCGGGUUAGACGCGGUUGGCGUGACUGCUGCGAUUAUCCCCCUUACUGGGAAGACAUCAGCAACAUCAGCUACUGGGAGGAGGACGACUAUACGACAGACGAUUGGGAGGAGGAAGACUUCAAAAAGGGGAAAGAACAACAUAGAAUGAGAAUCAGAACAAAAAAUCUUUGAGAAAAAAGCCCCAAAAAAGAAGAGGAAGAGCUUCAUAUGGUGUAUAUUGCCAACAGGACUGUUGACUGAAAUGCAAGGUGGUUUUUGUACUUGGCAUUCCUCCCCUCUCAAGCCUUGUCUGAUGUUGUCUCACCUAUAUAGGACGAUGGGCAUGAUACCGAUGUGGAGUGGAACCAUAUUCAAGAAUGGAAGUGCUGGUUUUUAGAAGUCGUUUCGAAAGCUGUUUGUUUUGAUCUUGUGGUAGUGUUUGGCACUGUAUUGGAGACUGGAUUUUUGUCUACAAUAUCAGUUUUCUUUGUUUCUUCUCAACUUCUCGUUGGAAGUUCCCCCUUUCUCUCCCUACUCUUUCUUCCCCCUCCUUCCUCGAUGUACCCCUUUAUCGAGUUUCUCUUUAAUAAUAUUUUUGCCAUUUCAAUAAAAAAAAGACAGUUUGGGGACAUCAACACCAAAAUCCAAACCAUGGAGGAAAAGCUUCAUUUCUUGGAUACUGAAGGGAAACUAAGACAACUUGCCAGCAAUGAAAUUGAGGGGGAAAAAACCUGAGGGAAGAAUUCUGGAAAUUAUUGAAGAUGGUAGAAAGUAUAUGGAGACAGAAAGCAAGAAUGAGAUGGAUGAAAAUGGGAGAUAGAAAAACAAAAUUUUUCAAAUUCUGGCAGACGACAGUAUCACAGAAAUCUCAUUAGAGCUAUCAAGACAGAGGGAAGGGUGCUAGAAGAACCAAAUCAUAUCAAAGAAGCAGCAAUGAUAUACUUUUCAUACAUUUUCAAAGAGAGAUAAACAAGAUCAACUUUGGGUGGUACUUUCCCAAGAAUGAUGACUGCUGAGAGUUCGAGUAAUUUGUUGCUUCUUUACCUUUGAUUUUAUUUGCUAUUUAUGCUGCUGCUUUAACUCCUCUAACUCAGUCUUAUUGAGGAUUUAUAAAACGUAUCAUUCUAAACACAGAACAAAAUCUCUCUCAUAGAAUAUUAGCAGUGCUUAGAUUGUUGUUUUCUUCACCUAACCCUUUGAGUUGACUUAUCAAAGGCUACUUCUAGAAAAGAUUAUAAAGAACUAACUUAUAAACUUACUUAAAAGAUAGAAGAGAUCAUAGUUCAUUGGAAAAUAGGACAACUCUGAACUAUGCAUUCAUGGUGAUUGGAAAACCACCAUGAUCAGAUCUACAGCCUUAGAUUGGUUUCUUAACAAGAUGUGCUUACAUCACAUGCUAUAGAUAGCACAUGCUUUCCAUCCCUGUGCAUGUAGUGUGAACACAAUCUAACGGUAGAUCUUCGUACUUUGUUUUGGUUCAGUAGAAUAAGAACAAUUAAUCUUCCUAAGUUCUUGAAUUUGAAUCAUAAAAUCUUCAAUCAUAUUUUGAAUCAUUAAUGUUUAUAACUGUGUGGAUUUGCCAUCUGUUGCGAAUCAUUUCAGAUGCUAGAGAAUAGCCCAACAUGAAGUAAACCCAA